AUGCACCUAGUACAAAGUAAUGUUUGUGUGGCAUCAUUCGAUCUUACUCAAGAGGCAAUCAAAGUUCAAAUUAAUGAAAGACAAGGUGAUAGCAAAUAAGCUAAUGUGAAGUUAUAAAUCAGUUUAAAAGAAGAUUGUUUAAUUACUCAUUUGAUUUUGAAAUGGAGCGAUACUUCAAUUAAAGGAUUCGCAUUUUCAUCUUUAGAAUGCUUGGAUUGCUUUGAUUAAAAUUACAAUCGUCUGAUCAAUAGCAAAGAAGUUGUGAAUACUGAACAAUGCAGUGGCUAAUACAAAAUAGUUGGACUUGGAUUUGGCAGAAAACUUAGGCUCUCCUUCAGUGUGUGUGAACCUCCCCAAUAAUUAGAAAAUAAGCUCAAGGCUAAAUUGUCAAUCUAAGUGUACGGAUAUCAACUAUAUUAAUCCCCAGCUGCGAAUCAAAUGGUAGCCCUUUUAAACAUAAGCCACAUCUUCAAAAAAAAUAAUAGAGAAAUCAAUCAAGCAGAAGCAGACAUACUCCUAGGCUUAUCUCUUCUUUCCUCAAGAAGAUUUGUUCAAGCUGCUGAAAUAUUCAAGAAAGUUGCUAACUUUUAUGCUGAAAAAGCUUAAAUUCUUGUCAAGCAAAAAGAUUACUAUUUUCUUAGAGCAAGUGGACUUUAAAUACUAAUAGCUGAUUCAAUUAAUUAACCAUCUAUGCUAAAUGAGAAACUAUAAGCAUUAAAAUAAGCUGUACAAUAUAUGAAUAUUUCAUAUGAUAAAACUCAGCUGCUUUUUACAUUAUAAAAUACAGAUUCUUAUGAAUGUGUAUUAAGACUUUCAGAUGAUUUAAUUAAAAUCAUAAGCAGAGUACUCCUGUUAGAAGAUAACCAAAACUUCGAUGCUUUGAGGAUGGCAAAUAUGAGAUGCCUUGAAUUCAUCAUAGAAUAGCAUGGCUGUGGAUUAGGUGGGCAGAUUAUCUAGAUUUUUAAGUUAUUUUUGAAGAUGCUAAAUUAAUAGCAAGGAUAAUUGAUAAUUGAAAUGAUCUAUAAAAUAGUCAAUAUGAUAUUGUAGGAAUUAAGUUAAGCAACCUUAAAGCUCAUUUAAGAUAUUUGGAAUCAAAUUAUUAUACAAGGAUUAUUUGAUGUGAAUAUUGAAGGGUAAAAGCUAAUUAUGAAGAUAUGCGAAUAUUUAUUAUAGGCCGAUUAAGCCCACUUUAGAAUUGACAUCCUAUUCUUGAAGCAGUUAAAUUAAGUAGAAGAAUCAAAGAUAUGGAAUCUAGUAUUGUAAAAUAUUAUACCUAAAUAAAAUGAGAAAAAAAUAAGUAAAAUUCUAACCUGGAUUAAUCAGUAAUUGAUUGAAUAAUUGAACUUCACUAAUUAUAACAAUUUAUAGCAAUCACAAUAGUAUCAAAUAAUUAAACUAUUAUAAUUGAUAUCUAUCAUAGUUAGAUAAUAAAAGGAAGAAUCAUAGAUCCCAUUUUUUGAAGAAUUUCUCAAUAAAUAAUUAACAAAUACCAUAAAAAUUAAGUAAAUCUACACCACAUCUAAUCAAAACUUAAUUAUCUUAAAACCUAUUUUAAUCAAACUAUUGGAUUAAACAGUUAAAGGUAAGAUCUAAUUUGAUUGCUUUGAACUUGUAUGGAAUAUUUUGAUCGAAAUCUUAAUAGAGGGCAAUGAAUAUGAUCAAAUGUAUGAACUCAUCAAUCCAUUUCUAUAAAAUAUAUUUCUUAUAUGCUAAACUACGUCUCCUGGAUAAGAUAUCCUGGUGGUGUUGGAUAAAAUUCUAAAGACUAUAUAGUUUUAAUGUCCUUAACUUAUAUCGAAAUUUGAAUCCUAAAUAUAUUCAUAUGUUGAGAUCUUUUGCCAAAGAGUACCUCAUAGCAUUCAUGAUGAGACAUUCAAGAUAUUUGACAUCUUAAUAGCCUUUAGUUAAGAGUUUUUGGAUUAGGCAUUGAUUGAGAAAUGCGUGAUGGCAUUGAUUGAUUAAUACACAGUUAAAGGUCAAGCUUAAAAGUAAUCGAAACAGAACUUCAUCAAGAUGGUUGUGUAAUAUUAGGCUCAUUUCAAUUCCUUGAUUUAGGUUUGUCUCAUAGAAAAUCAGGAACCUUAAAUUUAAUCAAAUUUACUCUCAGAUAAUAAAAAUGAAUAUAGACAAGAUAGAGAGAAAGAGAAGAAAGAAUUUAAAUCUGAUAAUAAGUAAUUAACCUAAGAAUAUGAAAUUUUCAAUGAAAAAGUAUAAUUUAUUUGUGAAUUGUUUUCAGAUAUGGGAUAAUAAUUUAAAGUAGUAGCUUAAUUGAUUUUAAAUAGUCCUGAAUUUAUCUCUUCCUUAAUUAACUUAAUUAAAUCACUCAAUUCAAAAAUCAGAUAGAAAGGACAUUUAACACUUUAAUUAUUAGUGGAUUGUUAUAUCAAUAUAGAAACAAGUACUAGAAUUAAAAUCUUUGAGGAUAGAAUAGUUUUUGUAAAAUUUAUUAAAGAUAUUCUCACUCACUCUCUUCAAGAUAAAACUGAUUCCAAAUGCGUAUUAAACUCAUUGCUUAUUUUGAAUAACAUUUUCAAUCUUAAAUUCCAAAAGAGUGAAUAUUCUAAAGUCUUAGAUGAAGUAUCAUGUCUUUGGAAUGAAGUAUCUGACUUAAUAGACACUCCUUUUAAUAGUAUUUAUGUCUUAUUCUUUGAUCUCCUUAAUCAAUGGGGAUAACUCUUAAAUAAAAUGCCCAAUUCAAAUAAGCUUGAUGAUUUUAUAGAAAAGAUAUUUUUGUGGACUUAAGAAAAAUUGGAUUGCUAGGAACCUUGGCAUUAAUAUAAUAUAUUGAAAUUUUGUGGUUACAUCUUUGGAUUAGAUUCAGGUAAAAACUUUAGAGUGUUUCCUACGAUCAAUUCUUCUUUUUUUGAAUAAGCCAGUAAAUUGCAGAGCAGUUAAAAUAAGCAAUUACAAUUAAUGUCAAUUGUCAUGAUUUAAUUGUGUACUCCUGAACAGAUAGCAAUUAGAAUUAUCUAAUAGAUGGCAGAACAAUACAAUCAAUUAAGACAUAGAUAAAAUAAAUAAAGAGAUCAAAUUAACAGAUAAUCAGAAAACAUUAUAUAAUAACUAUUUUAGAGGUAGAAUUCUGUUAAGGAUUUAAUGAUGCAAUCUGAUACAUUUGGAUCCACAUCUAUGGAUGAAUUCGAAUUAAAUUAAGAAGACUUUUUGUGGAUACGCAAAGUUGAUUAAGAAGUAUUGUCCCAGUGCUUAUAAACACUCUUUAUGUAUUAGGUUCAAUAGGAAAGCAAAAUUAAGCAAUCAGAUAUUUUAGAUAAGGAAAUUAGUAUGAAACAAAGUAAUAAUUUAAAUUAAAAUGUUAAUAAAAACAUUCUGGAUGAUGACCCCAUAGAUUUGGAUGAUUUGGGGAUUAUUGAGGUAGAUGAUGAAGAAUGGAAUGAGUAUGAUGAUCUAAGAAAAAUUCCAAUAUUAAAAGAAAGAAUUAAAACAAUUUCACCUCACAUUGGUAGCAGAACUCCGAAUGUGGGAAUAGGAAAACAAAAUUAGGAGAGAAGGUCAAGUGGCAAUAGACAGGUCUUCGAUUAAAGGAAAGGAGAGGUGGAAGAUUAGGUAUUGAAGACUUUGAGGCCUCAUAAUUAAGUAUUUCGACCUUUGACACCUCCCAUUGGAUAGUAGCCUUAAUAGAACUUUUCAGGAACGACAGAAAUUCAAAGGGAUAUGCAAUUGUUCUCGGAUUAUAUGCUUUAAAAUCCAUAGCAAUUUUAGAAGAUUAUGGAAGAAAUAAAAAUAAAUAAUAAUACAAAUUCAUAAUCAUAAUUGCAGCAACCUAUAACAUAAAUUGAAUAACAAGAUCAGUAAUUUGAAAAUUCAAGAAGGAGAGUUGAUGAAUUGGAAUUUGACCCUUAAUUUUCAAAUUCAAGUUAGGAUGACAUUACAGAGGAACCACAACUUAAAUCUAAUUAAUAACAUUAAUAAAAAAAGAAAAAAUCUAAAAAGCAGCCUUCUGUUAAGAAACUAAAAUCACCUAUACAGCAUUCCUUGUAUCACUCAUAAAAAAUAUCAAGCUCGUAAUUGGUAGGCAAAAGUGAUGAGAAAAUUAAGAAAAAGAGCAAAACUAAAUAAUCUUGA